GACUGUCGCCUGUUCUGUCCAACUCUUGACUCUCCAUUCUGAUCGUCUCAUCUCGUCUCUCCUUUUCCUCCGUCCUCCUGAACUCAUCUAUCCUCCUCGAUCCUGGCACGUGGUCCAUGGGGUGUAACGUCAUCUCGUCGACUAACCCUCCGCCAUCCGGAUCGCUCAUAUACUAACCAACUAACUAUACUGGCACACAUUUUGACUGACACUUGAUCUGUCCUGCGUCGUCUCAUCAACUCUCCUUCGACUCGGUUUUCCGCCCAUUCCGACCUCCCAUCUCCACCGCCACGUGCCUGACAGCGGUCCAUGGCAAAGCUGCCCCUGUUCAAAAAUGCCCCGGAACGGCCGCAGGUCGGACGGAGUCGGUCCAAGGUGCUCUGGCACCGCAUCCUCCGGUCCUUCUGCUAUCUGGUGGCCUGGAUCUUCCUCAUUCUGGUGUGCAUUGGCAGUGUCGCCGACAAAGCUGUGAUCCGACAGACGUAUUUCCUGGAAAUCAACCUGGCCAAUAUCAUCCCGCUGUCCACCCCCAAUGCCGACCUGAUCGAUACCAUUGCCCGCACCAUCGGUCUGCACGACUUCUACCAGGUCGGAUUAUGGAACUAUUGCGAAGGCUACUUGGGCCAGGGCAUCACCCAUUGCUCCAAGCCCAAAGUCCUGUAUUGGUUCAAUCCCGUCGAGAUCAUUCUCAGUGAACUGCUCUCCGGCGCAACCAUCGCUCUGCCCGCCAACAUCACCUCCGCGCUGAAGAUUGCCCGCAUCGCGUCGCACUGGAUGUUCGGUCUCUUCAUCACCGCCACCGUCCUGACCUUCAUUCUCAUCUUUCUCUCCCCCCUCGCCGUCUCCUCGCGGCCGCCCCAGACCAUCUCUUCCGACCCGGCCGUCAACCAAGCCCACCCCCAGCACCGCCGCCGCACCUUUGUGCUGCUCCGCUCCUUCCCCUUCCUGAUCCUCACCUUCCUGGCCGCCCUCUUUACCGUCGUCGCCUCCGUCGUCGCCACGGUCAUGUUCAUCAUCUUCCGCAACGUCUUCACCUCCGCCAGCGAAGACCUCAACAUCGAAGCCUGGAUCGGCACGCGCAUGAUGGUCUUCAUGUGGAUCGCCUCCGGCUUCAACCUGGUCGCCUUCAUCCUGCAGCUCGGGUCUUGCUGUGCCUCGUGCUGCGGGGGCCGCAAGGCCCGCAAGCAACUCAAGCGGAACAGUGCCAACGGCACCAGCGUCAGCACCGGCACCAGCAGCUCGGUGUCCCCCGACCUGCGCGAGAAGGAACACCAGCGCACUCCUCCCGCUACGACCGAGUGAGCAGUUAUCCACCACGGGUGCCGGUAAUCCCGUGACUAUCUCCAGACCAUCGCUACCGGCUCGGAUCCCCCCCCUCGCCAUCUCGGCGAGUUAGACCAGGAGGGAUGUCUCCCUGUACGCCCAAGCUACAUAGAAUAUAAACGGGUGAGCAUCGCAGGGGCCCCCCAAUAUAGGCUGAUUUGGAUCUGUAUACUGUACGUUAUUUCUCGUUCGCGACGG